AUGCGUGAAAGCAAGAGUGAAGUCAUGUUAAGUCAAGUCAUGAAGCACAUAGUGACUGAGUACCGGCUGCUUCAAGCUGUAUGGUUUCAAGGGUUGAACUGGCUUUGGUUCACAAAGCCGUUGACCCGUUCAGGCCGGUGUUUGAUGAAAGUGGGGAACCUCAGAGGAAGCUGCAAGGAUGAAGUGGGAGCCAUAGUAGCCUUUCAGAAGACGCUGGAAACAGGCGAACGUCUGUACGACAAAGGUGAACGUGAUCUUUUGGUGGCAACUUGCUAUUCUUACUUUGGACACUAUCUCUGUGGCCUGAAGCAUCGAGGACGUGGGUGGAGAGAGGAAUUCCAUGACUUCGGAAAAGGGCUCCAGAUGCUACGCCAGUCAUACGCCCUAAGCCAGGACCUAGGCAAUGCCCAUUUGCAGCUACAUGGACUCCGUAAUCUGGCUCGAGCGGAGUCCAAUGCUGGGAACACCGCGGAAGCCAGAGACUACUUUGAGAAGGCUGCUCUCUUGUUCGAGGAGCCAGGGCAAGCACUUCUUGCUGCAGACAGGAGAUUGGCUCAGCAAUUCUAUUCUAUUCCUUGCUGGAAGGAGACACCGGAGCAGAUGGCGUGGUGGGUCUUAGCCGUGCCUUCAUGGCUGCAGGGACCCCGUGCACUGUGGCUUCUUUGUGGAAAGUAUCAGAUCAAUCCACUUUGA